UGAUUUAACCUCAAAUUUCAGUAAGUAAGGUGAAAAAAUAUUACAUUUUUGGGGUGAAACUGGUGAACUAUCAAUAUAAAUCAUUGAUUCUGUAUUCCAAGCAAGUAAGUUAAUUGGAAAUCUGUUAUUAUCAUAAUGGAUUUCGUCAUUGAUACUGGAUUGACUUCGGAUACAGAGGAAGAUGAACAACCCACAAAACCAACUCCGAAAAAAAGGAUAUUACCACUACUGCAAAAUAGCAGAAAAACGGAAAUCGAUAAACUCCUCGCAAAAUCAGAAAUAUUAAAUACUAAUUUGGAAGAACAGACAUUUUCCAUCGAUCCUCCAUUAUCAAAGAGAAAGUUGAAGAAGUUACGAAAAGAAGAGAAAGAGAAAACUAAAGGAGAUAAAUGGUUUGGUUUACCUGCGACUGAAUUAACUGAAGAAGUCAAAAGGGACUUAGAAUUGUUGCAAAUGCGUUCUGUGCUAGAUCCCAAGCAUUUCUAUAAAAAAAAUCACAUGAAAGUACUUCCUAAGUACUUCCAGGUUGGGAAAGUAGAAGAUACACCUCUAGAUUUCUAUAAUAAUCGGUUGACCAAAAAAGAUAGGAAAAAAACCCUUGUUGAAGAAUUGAUGUCAGAUGCGGAAUUUCAUCAAUAUAAUAAGAGUAGAUACGCAGAAAUUCUCAAAGAGAAGAAAAAAACAGAUUAUAGAGUAUGGAAACAAGCAAAGAGGUUUGACAAGAAGAAGAAAUAAUAAUUGCUUAAUAUAUAAGGUGAGAAAUCUGGAUAUAUAUAUUCUACCUUUUAUUUAGGAGAUCAAACAUUUCCUAAUAUGCCACUUUGUAUAACAAUUGUGAGUGUAAAUAGAUUUCAAAACAGCUGAUAACUGAAGACAAAAUAUAUUGGAACGUGAAUCAAGAAAAAAUUAAAACACAUGAGUAUAAA